ACUCAGUGGUGCCACUGCCAGAGCUAUCAAUUUCACUGUAAAUUAAGGUUGCCAUUUCUAUUUUGCGAAAUGGCUGCUGUUUCAGACUUUUUUUCUCUAGGUAGUGUUGUUUGGUGUAGAACUUGUUAUAAUAAAGAAAUCGAAGGAGAAGUGUUGGCGUUUGAUCCACCAACGAAAGUAUUAAUUUUAAAAUGUACUCCAACAAAUGGAGAUCCAAAAUUAAAUGACAUCCAUUUUGUUAAUCUAUCCCUUGUUAGUGAAUUACAAGUCAAGAAAGAAGUUAAUAAUGUACCAGAACCCCCACAAUCUUUGAAUCUACAAAGGCUAAACACAAGGGUGAGGAAUCAAGUAGAUGAAAAGAAACGAAUGUUCCAAGCAAUAUCAGCAAAUGUUAGUUCUGAGGGACAAAGUUUGUUUAUAGCUAUAGCUAAAACCAUUAGUGAAGUUAGGUGGAACAAUUCUGAAAUUGUGGUUUGGAACCAUGACGUUAUAAUUAGUCCACCUUACCAAUUGGAAAAUAUAAGGGGGAAUGCCAACAGUAGAGAGUACACAUAUAUAAGAAAAGUGGUGGAGAAACACAUGAAAGAUAUAGCCUUAAACAGUCAGAGCCAAGCGGUUUGUCAAAAUAAUACUUCGCAAUAAGCUGAAAAACAACAAAGAAGAACGUUUAGAUAAUUUAUAUAUCUAAGGCAUGAUACCUCUGUUAUAUUUGAUUUUCAAAACUGGAAAAAUAUUUUUUAUUUGCAUAUCAUUUUUAUUAAAUUCGCAAAAGUUUAUACAAAUUGAAAAUCAAGUGUUUUUGUUCAGUUUUUUUAUGAGUUUUGUAUUGGAGAGUAUGGAUUGGUACUACCAAGCCAAUACAAUACCCAUUUAUUUAUUUUAUAUGAAUAAAAAGAAUAAUUUACUA